UCAACACCUGUACUUCUAUUCUUUUUCAAUGUAAACUUGUAGGGUCAUAGAUAUGCUUCGAGGAUUCGUUAUCAGUGACAGGACGUAUACUCGUUUUAUAAUUAAAACGUAAUGAAGUAGCAAUGCAUGACGUUGUCCUCAACGAACCAGGCAGUAUGUAGCGUUACUGGUUGUUUCAAAUCUUACAUUAUCGAUCGGCCAGACUAGUUGUACCUGUGUGUGUGUGUGUGUGUGUGUGUAGACGACAUGAACUGUAUAAGUUUACCUGUAAACAUCGGCCAUAUGUGUCAGUAUAAGUUCGAACACAAACGUUUCGUAUCGCUAAUGCUGAUCUGCUUAAGAGAUUAUGGGUCACUAUUCGUAUAACGGUUUUGCCUGGAUGUGCUAGUACAACUUCAUGUUUGAGUUAGGAUAGGUGUAUCACCGGUGUUAUUGUGACAAGUAUCAACACACGAGAUCAUCAUGGUGUCCAUGCGUCUACUCUUUGGAUGGAGUGUUCCAUUCAGGAUUCGACUGAUGGCGGCUGGAAACUUGUUCUUUUGUUUCUACUUUGCGUUCAUGACCGUUCUCGUCACUGUGGUCUGUUGGUCAGAAAUACUACCCGACAUCUUCAUGGGUGACAAGGAUCGGAUACGCAAACAUAAGCUCUUUAUUUUAUUUACCUUCCUCAAUGCUGUCGGUAACUUCGUUCUGUGCGUCUUCACCGAUACCAGUAUCAAACGUGCGGUUGAGAUGACAUCCAAAGACUAUAUGACAUCGACAUCGAGCGUUGGCGCGGGAGACCGGAUGACUAAGCCGAGUAAAGACGCGGGACAAUCUAGGUUGAAUAGCAAAGAUUCUCAGACAAUAUCUACCAUGAAUAAUAGCAACACCAUGAAACAGACUACGAAAAAGGGAGCCAGUAUGGUAAAGAAACGAAAAGCAGGUGAGGCAAAGAGUGCAGACAAAGAGAGCAUCAAGGACAAAUAUUUGGAAAUGAAAGGCAAAGGAAAGGACGGAGGUAAUGACAAAGUCGACAACGAACCGACGUUUUGUGACACUUGUAACGUGAUUCCUCCUCCCAGAUCACACCACUGCGUUUUGUGCCAAACGUGUAUCCUAAAGCGCGACCACCACUGUUUCUUCAUGACAGUGUGUGUCGGCUACUUCAAUCAAAAGUACUUCGUUAUGUACUGUUUCUACAUGAUGAUCGGCACGUUCUAUGGAAUGUUUCUGAUUGUGCUACAUCUAAAGAAGCUGUAUGACGUCACAUUUAAUGGUCCCCAGACAUUUAUAUUCCUGUUGGUGGACAUGAUUGGAAAACUAGCCACCAAUGUUCCCAUCGAGUUUGGCUAUAUAUUCUUAGUGUUUCUCAUGUACGCCUGUAUUACUGCUGGACUUAUAGCCGCCGGAUUGUGGUUUUGGCAGUUACAAAUCACUGUGGCCGGACAGACGACACAUGAAGCGACGUCGAUUGGCUCUGGAAAAUUUUCUAAAUCUAAAAUUGAUAAUCUGAAAGAUGUUUUCGGAAAAUAUUGGUUAUUAACAAUAAUUUUACCAUUGCCUCUUCCACAACCUCCAUUUGAAGAUACGUUUGUAAAAAACAGCAAUAGUAAAAAUAUUCAAUAA